CCUUUUUUGCUACAUACAAUGAUUUAGUAACAUCUUUGGUGUUGUGCCAAAAAGUAUAGUUUUCACAAAUUGUGUAUACGUCUAUUUGAGGGGUAAGAGGACACGUUGAUCACGCAGAAUGGACAGACUGUGUCUGUAUGCUGUACUAUCCGUGGAUGAACCACCGAAACCGCUUCUUUUUCGCAGGACAUCAGAAGGAAUCGUCUACAGCUGCCGGCUGACGCUGCUCCUCCCACACCAGGCCGUGGUCUUCGGUAUCGGCAAGUGGGAGCAAAGGACGCUGGGAAAGGCGCUGACUGUUGAGCUGACCCUGGACGAGGGUGACACAUGGCAGAAACUGGGCACACUUACAGACAAACAUAGGUCCCUGUGCUGGCAGGGUGAGUGGAGAGAUGACUUCCUGAGGAGAAGUAUUGCCAUGGAGAGGCAGGGGGGAACAGCAACACUGAAGGUGAGCUGUGGAGGGUCAGGGACAUGUGGCUCACCUGAGGGGAGACAGCUGGUCUCAUCACACCACCUGCCUGACACACCCAUCGACACACCUGACGUUCCAGGAAAAGAAAACCUGCUUAAGUCAACUGGGAUUACAGAAAUACAGAAUGAGUACACGCCACCAUGGGAUGUAGAGGACGCGACACUUUCGGAGACGAGCGCACAGGAACCCACACCAAAGAGACGGAGAACCUCAGCAAAGUCACGAACGCUGAAGGAACAGCUCAAGUCUUCCCCUGUCGAGAGGAAGAAAACUCCCACCGCCUCCCGAUCAAAGAAAGGCAGCAAGAAAGCAGAGAUGGACACUGAAGAUUCUGACAUGCCCAGUGCACGCUGGGGCCACAGCUUGUGCCCGCUGGACGACCACAGAGCCCUCCUGAUUGGUGGAAUGGGAAAGGGCCGUCAGCUGAGUAAAGAUUCCAUCUGGCAGCUGGAUACAGUUACCCAGAAGUGGGAGGUACAGUCCACCAGUUUCUCUGGCCCCAACCCUGAGACCAGGAUGGGCCAUACUGCGACCUACGACCCCGUGGUGAAGUGUGUGUACGUGUUCGGUGGGUCCAAGAACAAGCGCUGGUUCAGCGACGUACAUGUCCUGGAUGUCCAGACCUGGCAGUGGUCGUCCAUAGAGGCUACAGGAGAUGCCCCCACACGGUCCUACCACAGCUCCACCCUGUACAGACAUGAGCUGUUCGUGUUCGGAGGUGUGUUCCCUAACCCUGACCCUGAACCUGAUGGCUGCAGUAAUGAAGUCUUUGUCUACAGCCCAGCUACUGAAAGUUGGUACAAGCCGCUGGUAAUGGGAGAUAGCCCUACUCCCCGGUCUGGUCACUCUGCAGUGCUGUUAGGAGAGAGGCUGGUUGUGUUUGGAGGCUGGGACGCUCCUGUCUGUUACAACGAUGUGUCCAUCUUGGACCUGUGCCUGAUGGACUGGACCCAACCUGAAGUGACUGGCAAACCCCCAGCACCAAGAAGUUGGCACACAGCAGUUCCCCUGAGCAGUAACAGCUUCCUGGUCCAUGGAGGAUAUGAUGGGGAUGAAGUCAUGGGAGAUUCCUUCAUCUUCUCACUGGACACCUGUAGUUGGAGCGCCCUGGCUGACACAGUGCCCAUAAGCCCAUGUUGUGGCCACCAGGGUCUGGCUCUCCCCAGGACUGUACAGGACAAGGAGAACCAGGAGGACUACAACAGGCAGGUCAUCCUCAUCUUUGGUGGGGGGGACAACAACGGCCACUUCUUCAACCAGCUACACAGACACACAGUCUCCCAUGAUGCAUGUGGAACUGCGGUGGGAGACACGUGGUGUUGGUAGAGUCAUCAUCAGGAGCUGUAGGCCACAACAAUUUAAUUUCUUGGUUUUGUGUUUUGAAAAAUUUGGCAGAUUGAAAUAUCAGUAUAAAAACAGUGAAGGGGCGGUCAUUGUGGCCUUAUCUCUCUAAAUUGGGGUAUGAGACAGAGAGUAUUUCCUUUAACUUGAAAUUCAUUAAGAUCCAUGCUAUUCUUAAAUCUUGAAGUUCUGCAGAUGUGUUCAAUUGUGAUUGUUCUUAGUUUUCUGCUGUGUUAGCUUCCGUGUUUUUCGGAGGCAUCCAACAAGAGAAGGUAGGGGAUUUAUAUAUAGACAGGUACUCAGCUUAUUGGUGUCUCAGGUACAGGAAAGUAAGAGAUAGGCUCAGCUCUAAGGCUUUGUCAUACAUGUACAAAAUUAAUGUAGCUACCAUAGUUUCUACCUCAGAAUUAUUCUAUAUGUCCUAUUUUGUAACAGCUUCUAUGUUCUGUGAGACUCUCCAGAAAUUCGUUCCAGAGAAUGGAUGGUGUCAGGUCCAAGUUUACAUUCCAGUUUUCACACUACCCUCUUGCUUUAAAGUUACACACACAAAUGUCCGACAACCAAAAAAUUAGAAUGGUGUAUGUGGCCUUAUGUACUUUGUAGGCAGCUGUACUGAUUUGUUUCUAAGAUUAAGAAAAUAUGACAGGCCACAGGACAAAAUGAUGCAAUUCUGUGACAAAAAUGAAUGCCAACAUGGAAAAUACCUCAGUGAUUUUGAGGAGUAAUUUGUGUAAAUAUGCAACUCAGAUAUUAGAAUGUAGAAAUUGGAGAUGUUUGUUUUUAGUAGUAAUUUGUGUGAAUACAUGUAGAGCGACUUGGAUAUUAGAAUGUAGGAAUUGGAAAUAUUUGUUUUUUGGUUGUGUGUUUUACUAUCAAUGUUCAUAGUUGAGUGUUCAAAGAGACAAUAAGGAGCAGUUUUUACCUAUGCAACAGUAUGGAUCAUGGAUGAAUUUAUUACACGGUUGAACAACAUUAUCAAUGUUACAAUCUGUAUCCAUCGUAUACAGGAAAAAAAAACAUUUUUAUGAAUCCGUACAACUUUUGAUAUUUUUAUAACAACAUGUUAAUAAAGUUUUCUUAUUAGGAAG